AGUGUUUGUCGCUGGAGUCUCAGUUUGUCUUCUUCUGGAGAAAGACGCAGUUUCACCGUCACUUCAACAAACGGAGAAAAUCACUAUGAAGAUCCUGCUUUUACUGGUUCUGCUGGGAAUACACAGCGCGAGCGCACGAAUUCACUCUCUGAAGAAUUUCUACACUUCAUCAUCUGAAGUCCCAAACUUCCCACAGUUUGUGGCUGUUGGUUUGGUUGAUGAUGUUCAGAUGGUUCACUAUGACAGCAACACAAGGAGAGCAGAACCCAAACAGGACUGGAUGAGGAAGAACACAGAUCCACAGUACUGGGAGAGGAACACUCAGGUCGCUUUGGGUUCCCAGCAGACCUUCAAAGCCAACAUUGAAAUUGCAAAGAAACGCUUCAACCAAACUGGAGGUGUUCACAUUGUCCAGUUCAUGUGUGGCUGUGACUGGGAUGAUGAGACUGGAGAAGUUAAAGGUUAUAAUCAGCAUGGUUAUGAUGGAGAAGACUUCAUAGUAUUGGACCUGAAGACAGAGACAUGGAUCGCUCCAUCAUCACAGGCUGUCAUCACCAAAAACAAAUGGGAUGCUGAUAAAGCUUUUCUUGCUCAAAGAAAACACUACUACACCCAGUUGUGUCCUGAGUGGGUGAAGAAGUACGUGGAGUAUGGGAAGAGCUCUCUGCAGAGAACAGAGCUUCCCUCAGUGUCUCUCCUCCAGAAGUCUCCCUCCUCUCCAGUGACCUGCCACGCUACAGGUUUCUACCCAAACAAAGCCUUGUUGUUCUGGAGGAAAGAAGGAGAGGAGCUUCAUGAGGACGUGGACCACGGAGAGACUCUGCCCAACCAUGACGGAACCUUCCAGAUGAGCACUGACCUGCGAGUGUCAUCAAUCCCACCUGAGGACUGGAGGAAGUAUGACUGCGUGUUCCAGCUCUCUGGUGUGAACGAGGACGUUGUCAAAGUACUGGACAAAGACGCCGUCCAAUCCAACAGAGUGAAGCCAAUGGACACGACCAUCAUCAUCAUCGUUGCAGUGGUUGUUCUUAUCGUCAUCAUCUUCGCUGCCGCUGCUUUCUUCUUGUACAGAAGAUUCAGUGCCAAAUCCGCCCCAUCUCCUGCGAGCAGCACUGAGGUGCAGCAGCUGAACACUGAGAGAGAAUAAAUGACAAAUACAUCACCGUUCCUUUGUUCACAGAAUCAUCUCAUCCACUGGAACAAAGAGUGAUGUCACCAAAGGAAAAUAUUGAUUCUCAGUCUAAUCAGAAAUCACUGAUUGAUCAGAAAACUGAUUGAUCAUUUUAAAUUAUCAAUGCGAAUCUUCAUCAUUGUCAACACUUAUUUCACAGUAAAUACAAUGGAAUCUGGUGAAAUGUUGGCAUUCAAU